UCCGGGCGCCAUCUUGGUGGACGUUGGGGUCCUGACCAGGGGCCCCUCCUGGCAGGGAGGGGCCUGUGCUUUGGUGGGCCCAUUGUCCCCCUUCUGGGGGUGGGGUUCCCCCCUCUCCCCGCCCGGGACGGCCUUCCCGGGGCCGUAUUUUGCUCUUGGAGCGUCGGGAGCACUGUGCGAGGAGUCCACCCUGGCUUUUCUCCCCCCUCUGUGGGCUUCCUGGGGUUGAAUUUAGCUCCUGGAGCGCCGUGAGCACUGUCUGAGGAGUCCACUUCCUGUUUUGAGCCCUCGUACGGCCUUCCCGGGGCCGUAUUUUGCUAUUGGAGCUUCGUGAGCACUGUUUAAGGAGUCCACUUCCUGUUCUCUCCUGCUCUAUAGCCUUCCUGGGGCUGUAUUUUGCUCUUGGACCAUCGUGAGCACUGUCUAAGGAGUCCACUUCCUGUUUGCUCCUGCUCUAUAGCCUUCCUGGGGCUGCAUUUAGCUCUUGGACCAUACUGAGCACUGUCUAAAGAGUCCACUUCCCCUUUUCUUCCCACGUAUGGCCUUCCCCAGGCUGACUUUGGCUCCUGGACUAUAGUGAGCACUGUCUAAGGAGUCCACUUCCUCUUUUGAGCCCCUGUACAGCCUUCCUGGGGCUGUAUUUGGCUCUUGGACCACUGUGAGCACUGUUUCAGGAGUCCACUUCCUGUUUUGAACCCCUGUACGGCCUUCCCGGGGCUGUAUUUGGCUCUUGGACCACUGUGAGCACUGUUUCAGGAGUCCACUUCCUGUUUUGAACCCCUGUAUGGCCUUCCUGAGCCUGUAUUUUGCUACUGGAGCAUAUUGAGCACUGUUUCAGGAGUCCACUUCCAGUUUUCUCCUACCGUACGGCCUUCCCGGGGCUGUAUUUUGCUAUUGGAGCGUAUUGAGCACUGUUUCAGGAGUCCACUUCCUGAUUUCUCCUACCGUACGGCCUUCCCCAGGCCGUGUUGAGCUCUGGGGGCGUAGUGAGCACUGCCUAAGGAGUCCACUUCCUCUUUCAGGCCCUCGUACGGCCUUCCUGGGGCCACCUUUUAGCUCCUGGGGGGCGCAGCGAGCACUGUAGAAGGAGUCCACUCUUCCCCCACGCAGCGCGUCUCAGCCCAGGCUCACAGGUCCGAUGCCAUGGAGGGCCGCGUGGCCUGGUGGACCUGGACCCUGUGCCUGGUGGUGACCCCGUCCACCCUGGGGGGUCAGGGGUCGGAGGACGACCCCGUGGUGCGCACCCAGUACGGCCACCUGCGCGGCCUGAGGGCCUCGCUGCCCAGCGAGCUGCUGGGCCCCGUCCAGCAGUUCCUGGGGAUCCCCUACGCCGCGCCCCCCGUGGGCCCACGGCGGUUUCUACCCCCCGAGCCCCCCACGGCCUGGCCGGGCAUCCGUAACGCCACCCACUUCGCCCCCGUGUGUCCCCAACGCCUGGACGAACGGACGCUGCCCAGGGACAUGCUGCCCAGCUGGCUCAGCGCCAACCUGGAGACCGUGGCCGGACUCCUGAGGGAGCAGAGCGAAGACUGUCUCUUCCUGAACGUCUACGUGCCCACCGAGGACGACAUCCACGAGCCGGGCGCGCGCAGGCCGGUCAUGGUGUACAUCCACGGCGGCUCCUACAUGGAGGGGACGGGGAACAUGAUCGACGGGAGCGUGCUGGCCAGCUACGGCAACGUCAUCGUCAUCACCCUCAACUACCGCCUGGGCAUCCUGGGCUUCCUCAGCACCGGGGACCAGGCCGCGAAGGGCAACUACGGUCUCCUGGACCAGAUCCAGGCGCUGCGCUGGGUGGAGGAGAACGUGGGCGCCUUCGGCGGGGACCCCAAGCGCGUCACCAUCUUCGGCUCCGGGGCGGGCGCCUCGUGCGUCAGCCUGCUCACGCUCUCGCACUACUCGGAAGGACUGUUCCAGAAGGCCAUCAUCCAGAGCGGCACGGCGCUGUCCAGCUGGGCCGUCAACUACCAGCCGGCCCGGUACGCGCGCGCGCUGGCGGCGCAGCUGGGCUGCCCGUCCCCGGCGGACACCUCGGCGCUCGUGUCCUGCCUGCGCCUCAAAUCCCCGCAGGAGCUCACCCGCCCGGUGGUCACCCCGGCCACCUACCACGUCGCCUUCGGCCCUGUGAUCGACGGCGACGUGAUCCCGGACGACCCGCAGAUCCUGAUGGAGCAGGGCGAGUUCCUCAACUACGACAUCCUGCUGGGCGUGAACCAGGGCGAGGGCCUGGGCUUCGUGGACGGGCUGGUGGAUGCGCUGGACGACGGAGUCAGCGCGGCGGCCUUCGAGGCCUCGAUCGCCGCCUUCGUGGAUCACCUCUACGGCUACCCCGAGGGCAAGCAGGCCCUGCGCGAGACCAUCAAGUUCAUGUACACGGACUGGGCCGACCGAGACAACCCCGAGACCCGCCGCAAGACCUUGGUGGCGCUGUUCACCGACCACCAGUGGGUGGCGCCCGCCGUGGCGACGGCCGACCUGCACGCGCAGUACGGCUCGCCCACCUACUUCUACGCCUUCUACCACCGCUGCCAGAGCGAGCUGAAGCCGGCCUGGGCGGACGCGGCGCACGGCGACGAGGUGCCCUACGUGUUCGGGGUGCCCAUGGUGGGCCCCACGGAGCUGUUCAGCUGCAACUUCUCCAAGAACGACGUGAUGCUGAGCGCCGUGGUGAUGACGUACUGGACCAACUUCGCCAAGACGGGGGACCCCAACCAGCCCGUCCCCCAGGACACCAAGUUCAUCCACACGAAGCCCAACCGUUUCGAGGAGGUGGCGUGGUCCAAGUACAACCCCAGGGACCAGCUCUACCUGCACAUCGGCCUCAAGCCACGGGUUCGAGACCACUAUCGAGCCACCAAGGUGGCCUUCUGGCUCGAACUCGUACCCCAUCUGCACAACCUCAACGACAUUCUGCAGUACGUCUCCACCACCACCACGCGCGCCCCUGAUGUCACGUCCUCCUCUUCCUCCUCCCACCCCAGGCGAGCCACCAAGAGGCCCACUUCCUCCUCCUCGUCCAUCCUGGGCCCCAAGGCCUUGCGCCCAGAAGGUAAACUGAGGCAGGGGGGGACCGAGCACAGCACCACCACGGUGCUGAUCGAGACCAAGCGCGACUACUCCACCGAGCUCAGCGUCACCAUCGCCGUGGGGGCCUCCCUCCUCUUCCUCAACAUCCUGGCCUUCGCUGCCCUCUACUACAAGAAGGACAAGAGGCGACACCAGACCCACAGACGCCCCUCCAGCCCCCCCUCCACGUCCACUCGGCCCCCAGCGCCCCAGGACGCCGCCCAGCGCCACCUGCUGCGCGCCAGCGCGCCCACCGAACUCCUAUCCGUGCAGCUGAACCCCAACGUCGGCGCCCACGAGGCCAGGGACCUCCAGGACGCGCUCCACCUGACCUGUCCCCCCGACUACGCGCUGACCCUGCGCAGAUCCCCGGAUGACAUCCCCCUGAUGACCCCCAGCACCAUCACCACCCCGGGACCGACUUUGCACACGUUCAACACCUUUGGGGGGGCGGACUGA